UGCGGGUGGAUUCGUUAGGUUUCGAGGUUCAGAAGUACCUACAAAUUUUUACGAAAAAAUUACUUUCAUUAGUUUUUGGUGUAAAUCCAAAUAAAUAAUUGUGCGUAUUUAUAUAAAGUUGAUAAUGGAUAUUAUACGAAAAUCUAUAAAGAUCAAAAUAAUAACACUGAUCCUGAUCUGGAUCCAUACGUGCUAUUCUAUAGAACAGUAUCAGCGAGAAAUAUAUUUAGCACCGAGAAAUUAUAAUCCACAUCCGUACGAGCAAUUAGCAAAAAUCCAAAAUCCAGGUCCGGUUCUAUUUCCAGUGUCAGAUGACGAUGACCAAAAUAAUAACAGAUACAAUAUCGUUACUGUGGAUAAUUCGAAAAUCAAUAACGACAUUAGCCCAUAUGCAAGAGUGACGCAAAAAAUUAAAUAUUUGCUCAGCAGCAGGCAAUAUAGCAGCAAAAGGCAUCAUAAUCAAAUAGACGCGGAUAUUUAUAACGCAUUAGCUGAUCAAGGUGCAAAAGUGCUAGCAUAUCCUCCUCAAGAAUUGAAGCAUUAUGGCAGAAGUUCGGCACUCAAAAAGAAAAACUAUGCUUUUUCUUAUAAAGUACUCGAUAAAGCUACCGGUGACGAUUUUUCACAUCAACAAAUCAGAAGCUCCAAAGCCACUAAUGGAGAAUACAGAGUCAAACUUCCUGAUGGAAGACUGCAAAUAGUAUCUUAUAAGGCAGACAAAAAUGGUUAUAAAGCAGACGUCAAAUAUGAAGUAGAUCCUGAAGCCACGUACCAACAACAAGAAUAUAUACCUCAAAAAGUUGUAUCUGAGCAAGCACCUGUGAGGCAAUCAUCUAGAGAUAAUCAUGUGAAUAAUUAUGAAUAUAUUGCUGUUGGAGAACAAGAACAGCAAUUGGUGAGUCCAUUGAGAGACUCUAAUAUAGUAGUGUUGGAACAAAAUGGACCUACUCAAACUCCUGGCAACUACGUCGAUAUUCCUAGAUCUCAAACGCAUAGUCCAGUAUAUUUGAUUAAUGAUAAUCAACAGGCUCAAUAUUAUCCAAAUCAGGUUCAAAUCUACACCAAUAAUCCUCGGGAUCAUGCAGCAGGCAAUUUCGUUUCCACUACUCCAGCUAGUCCUGUAAUUCGUUAUACAUCUACUCCAGUACCGCCUACGGUUCAAGCUCAAGUUAUACACCCUGGUGAUCAUGGAUUGUAUAAUCCUAAUCUUGUGGCGCCGCCUGGACAUAAAAAUGUGAUUAACACAAUAGAUUCAAAAGAUCCUAAUGACUCUUAUCGUCAAACUUUCGAACAGGAAAACGAAUUACCCGAAGGGAUUUAUAUUGUAGGAAAAUCUGGUAAACGAUAGAAAAUUGCAGCUUAGAUUUGUGUUAUAGUUUUUUAAUAUUUUAAUAAAGUUUUGUAUAUAAUAUGCUCCAAAAAA